AUGGCUCUCCAGGAGCAGACACACAGUUGUAACCACGAUGGUUCUAAGGAUAGUAUUGACGCCAGCACUGACGAAAAGGAUAGUAUUGACGCCAGCACUGACGAAAAGACUGACGGCGCAAAAGACACUUCUGGUACUAUUUGCGGUGGGGGAUCACCAACUUCUGAGGAGUCAGAAAAUGUACCAUUAACCCAGAAAACUGUGGUGGAGACUGAGCAACCAGCAAGUGGAGCCGAGCUACCAGUUGAGAUCAAACUUAACAGCAGAGUUAUUCCGGUUGGGCGCCCCAGACUGAAUCGUAAGGAGCAGCGAGCCAAGGCAGAUUUGAAGGAAUACAACCAAGGAAUGAAACUGCGGGGCCUGCUUCGCGAUCGAGACGUGUGCGAAGUGGUUAGUACUUUGAAAGAGAUCCAGCCGGGCAUCCGAGAGGUGGGAGCCUUCUUUGCGACUUUUCAAGUACUCGGUAAGGCCACGGCAAAGCAGUCGAUGGCGUGGCGGCCCAACGCGAACUACGUAGCGGACAAUGUCCGCUAUCGACUGCCUGAACAAACGGUAGACCGCGCACUUGACUUACUGCGCAAGUUAUUGUGCGGAAAGAUGGAAGAAAUCCAGUUGGAUAGCGAGGGAGAAGAGAUCAGUGAUGCAAACGGGUACGUGUUGGUCAUCGAAAAGAUUGGCACCUAUACAAGAGAGCAGGUGAGGCAGAUGAAGUGGUUGUGGAAUCUACAAGAUACCUGUCGUCGUGGUGUGCUUCUCUGCACUUGGCUAAACAAUGAAGUGAAGAGUCUGGUGAAUGAACCCGUGGAUGUUUCUGUGGCUUUCGACGAUUUAUUGAAAACCUGGCCAUACCUGCCCAUACCUGGGUUUGGAUUUGACGUCGCCGAAGCAGAUCUUUUCUGCGUUCGAGGCAAUACGUGGUUGAAUGACGCCACGAUGCGUGCAUUCUGUGUAUUUUUGGAUACGUACAAAAACAACACGACCGUGACAAUUCCUCCGGUGAAGAAGCAGGCGCUGAAGAAGCCGGUCAAGGCAGAACCUAUUCUCGCGGAUCAGCAGCUACAGCAAAUUCACAGUGGCUUGACUUCUCGACAGUACUUGUUGAUGCCUAUCAACUUGAGUGGUGCUCAUUGGGUGUGUUUGGUGAUCGACGGUAUCUCUAAGAAGAUUGAAUUGUACGACAGUAUGGGCUCCGCCAUGUACCUGAAACGCUUAAAGGACAUCGCGGAUGAGAUUGUUGCGGCACUUCCAGAUGCGUACGAAGAGAUCACUGUCAAUGGGCUCCUACAGCAUGAUGGCGACAGCUGCGGUGUGCUUGUGUGUCUUCAGCUGUGGAAGUGCGCAUCAGCCGAGGCGCCAAGUGACGUGACUAAGUCUGGCAUUACCAAGCUGCGUUGGAAGAUUUUGCAAGGGAUUUUGAAGGUGAAACGCCGCUUGUAG